AUGCUGUUGCGAAAUCUUCAUCCACCCAAACUCUGCAAUGGAACUAGACUGUGCGUGGAAACUCACCAAAACAAUAUCAUUGAGGCAACAAUAACAUUACAGGAUGUACUCAAGGAGAAUCAACGUUUACCACUUUUAUCAUCAAACUAUCCAUUCGAAUUUAAAAUACUGCAGUUUCCUAUCAUGGUAUCUUUUGCAAUGACCAUAAAUAAGUUGCAAGGACAGUUUUUAAAGAUAGCAGGGAUUGACUUGAGUAAUGACUGCUUUUCACACAUGGGCAAUUCUAUGUGGCUUGCUUCAGAGUUUGUUCACCUAGCAGCUUAG